ACAGCGACCUGCGGAGGGCAGCUCAGCCAGCGCCGCGCCGCGCCGGGCGGAACCGGACCGAACCGAGCCGCGCCGCAGAAGGUUCCUGGGCAGCCCAUCCCCAGCAGCAGCUGUGCCAGCCCCUCCAGCCGGGGGCUGCCCUUGCUGGGCACCGGGGACUGAAGAUGUGUGGGGACACGGUGCGGCUGCUGACCGCCCUGCUGGUGGCCGUGGCCAUGGGCUACCCCAACCGGCGCUCUGCCACUGACCUGGAUGCCACCCCCAGGAUGACAGUCACCUUUGAUGAGUUGUCAGGUGUUCGGCGGUUCAGCGGGCACAGCCUGAACUACACCACACUGCUGCUGGAGGACGAGCGCGGUGUGCUAUAUGUGGGGGCCAGAGGGGCCAUCUUUGCUUUCAAUGCCAGCAAUGUGGCUGAUGGCUCGCACCGCAUGAUCCGUUGGGAAGCAUCUCCGGAAAAGCAGCUGGACUGCCUGCAGAAGGGCAGGAACAACAAGACCGAGUGCUUCAACCACGUGCGGUUCCUACAGAGGCUGAACACCACGCACCUGUACGCCUGUGGCACCUACGCCUUCCACCCGCUCUGCGCUUCCAUUGAUGCUGACAGGUUCACACUGCCCUCCCGCUUCGAGGAAGGCAAAGAGAAGUGUCCGUACGACCCUUCCCGUGGCUACACUGGCCUCAUUGUGGAUGGUGGAUUGUACACAGCCACACGCUAUGAGUUUCGGAGCCUCCCUGACAUCCGGAGGAACCUGCACCAGCGGCCGCUGAAGACAGAGGAGUCCCCUCUGCACUGGCUGAAUGAUGCCGAGUUUGUGGCCUCCAUGCUGGUCCAGGAAAGCAAGGACAGUCUUGUGGGUGACGAUGACAAAAUCUAUUACUUCUUCAUGGAGCGAGCAGGCGAGGAGACCACAUCCUUCUUUGAUAAGAGCCAGGUGGCUCGGGUGGCCCGGGUGGCCCGUGUGUGCAAGAGUGAUCUGGGGGGGAAGAAGAUUCUGCAGCGCAAGUGGACAUCCUUCAUGAAGGCGCGCCUGGUGUGCUACAUCCCCUACUAUGAGGUGCUGCACAGUGUCUGCAGCCUGGACAGCGGUGGCUGGGCCAGCACCGUCUUCUACGCCGCCUUCACGCUCUCGGCGCAGUGGAGGACGAUGGAGGCCUCGGCCGUGUGCCGCUAUGACAUCUCCGAGGUGCAGCGUGCCUUCGAGGGGCCCUACAUGGAGUACCAGGACUCCUCCCGCAAGUGGUCCCGCUACGAUGGAGCAGUGCCCGAACCCCGGCCCGGCUCUUGCAUCACAGACAGCUCCCGCCGGAGGGGCUACAACUCAUCGCAGGACCUGCCCAACAGCGUGCUGGACUUUGUCAAGCUGCACCCGCUGAUGUUCGAGGAGGUGCAGCCGGCGGGCGGCGAGCCGCUGCUGGUCAAGAGAAGUGUGGCAUACAGCCGCCUGGCGGUGGACCGGGUGCAAGCUCUCGAUGGGCGCUCCUACGACGUGCUCUUCAUGGGGACGGGGGAUGGCUGGCUGCACAAGGCCGUAGUGCUGGGCUCAAGCCUCCACAUCAUCGAGGAGGCGCAGGUGUUCCAGGACUCGCAGCCCAUAGAGACGCUGGUGGUGUCCCGCAGACAGAGGAGCCUGUAUGUGGGGGCUGCUAGCGGAGUCCUGCAGGUGCCCCUGGCCUCCUGCGCCAGGUACAGCUCCUGCUAUGACUGCAUCCUCGCUCGGGACCCCUACUGCGCCUGGGACGGCUGGGCCUGCCGUGACACGGCCAGCGGGGACAGCACAGGGCUGGUGCAGGAUGUGCAGAGCGGCAAUGUGGGAUGCCGGAGCGGCUCUGGGCGUGGCUUCCUGCCAUGGAAGAACCGCACGGUGCUGUGUGGGGAUGAUGUGCUGCUGCCCUGUGAUCAGCGCUCCAACUUGGCACGGGCUGUCUGGCUGCUGAAUGGCAGCGAGGUGCCAGGCACUGGGCAGGAGCAGCUGCGCGUUGGGGUGGAUGGGCUGCUGGUGACCAACACACUGCCAGGACACAGUGGCGAGUACCGCUGCUAUGGUGAGGAGCGUGGGCUGCGCACGCUGCUGGCUGCCUAUAGCCUUACCGUGCUGCCCCAGCUGCCUCGUGCCACCACCACCACCACCUCUGGGCCCAUUGCGGCCAGCCAGGCUUCUGGAGACACCAAGGUGGUCUAUGUGUCUGCUAUCGUGGUGCUGGUGGUGCUGUGUGCCGUGCUGGGUACCGUCCUGCUCUACGUGUCCUGCUUGGAGAAGCGCAGGGGGAAGUACGUGCUGGGGGAGCCGCGAGCUGUGAGUCCUGAGCUGCAGACCGUGUCAGCCAGCUGCCUGCGCAAGGCCCACAGGGAGGAUGAGGAGGAGGAGGAUGAGGAGGAUCUGGCUUAUCCCUGCCUGCGCAUCAUCCCUGGUGAAGCACCCACAGCCAUCGUGUCCUCAGCCAAGGAGCUGCCGGUGGCUGUGCCCCCCCCUCCUCCGCCACCGCUGCCCACCGAGCUCACCAACGGGGUGGGCUCCCUGCCCAGCGUCCUCCGCAAGAUGAACGGCAACAGCUACAUGCUGCUACAGCAGCAGGACGAGCCGCUGUCCUCACCGCUCUACAGUGCGUCCUUUACAGAGGAGCUCAGCAAGAUCCUGGAGAAGCGGAAACACAUGCAGCUAGUGGAGAAGCUGGAUGAGAGUUCCGUGUAGGACCGGGGUCCCACCAGUCCCUUCUCCCACCCCUGCCAGCAGUGUUACAGACUCAGCGAAACUACCUCUGGGACCGCAGCGCUGGGCUGGGCCCGGGCUCGGCCAUCCUUUGGCUUUUCACUCACUUUCGAGACUUGAUGUACAGAAAAAGAAACAAUGGGAAAAGAAAGGGAAAAAAUAUCCCCCAAAGAAGAAUCUAUUUAAAUUUGGGAGCUCUAUUUAUGUAUAAAAACCCACCAAUGGCGACCGCAAGCUGGAGGCAGGAGCUGGAGCACAGCUGACGGAGGACAUGGGGAGGGAGGGCUUGUGUCUGUCUGUCCAUCUGUCCAUCCAGGCAGGCAAGACCUUGUCCUGGAUGUAUGGACCUGGCCCACCCCAUUGGGCAUCCCCAGCCCUGAGUGCUCAGGCACUGAGAGGGCUGCCUGCAGGAAAGAUGCUCAGCGAGGGACAGCGAGGAAGAGGAGAGCUGUCCCCACAAGUGGGAUGAAACUGCCCAUGCCUGCCAUCAGCCCAGGGAUGCUGUUGGCUGCAGGGCUGCUCUCCGUGCCUGAGGGCCACGCACACCAUUUGGCUUGUCUGCAUCUUUGCCAUGUGGUGUGGGAAGGGACCAGCGUCCUCUCGGCAUUCUUGCCCUGCAGACUGGACAUGAUGCACUUUUGCAUCCUCAUGCAGUGCCAGCAGAUGCUGGGAUCUUGGCCGCUGCCCCUGUGCCACGGACUGUCCCCUCACACGCUGAGGAGCCCUGCCCCAGGCUUGCUCCCUGCGGGGCCUCCAGCUCCCUGUGGCCCUGCUGGCCCUAACUCCCUCUCCACCCUCAUCUACCUCUGUCCCUCACCCCGGGGACAAGAGGGACAUCCCAGCUCUGUCCCUCCGUGUCCCCCUCUGCCACCCCCUGGACUGAGGGCAUCGCCCAGAGCACAGCCCCCUCCCCACCGGGCAUUCCCUUUCCUCUCUGGGGUGGACGAGCUACCCCGAGGCAUAUCGCGUUCCCCCGGUACGGCCCCAGGGCAAUAAAAGCGACGGCUCUGCGUGGAA